GUUCCUGCCCAUUGUUUCUGUUUGAAAACUCGUCGCUACCUUGACGCGCACAAAAAUAAAUCAACAAACAUUUCUUGGUUUAAAAGUUUAAAUGCAUUGAUUUCAAAUCAUGAUUUGCCGAUUGUGCCUAAGUAACAAUGUUCCGGAUUUUGAUACGAUCGACAUAUUUGGGGCAAUGGGAGUAUCCCUGAACAUGGCCAAUAUACUGGCCAAAUACUUCUGGUUUGAGCCAAAGAGCGACGAUCCGAUAUCUACGGUGAUUUGCGGGAACUGCUGGAACAAAGUAAGCAAUUUCCACGAGUUCUACCAGGCUGUGGAGAAAGCCCAUCGCCUGCUUACGGAAAGGUUCUCGCUGAAGUCCGGACAGGAUCAGCCGAAGCCAGAGGCACCGGAGGAGCCGCAUGUGCUGGAACAGGAUGAGGUAGAAGAGAACGCUGAUGAGGAGGAGGAGGAUGACCGAAAUCCGGCGUUUUCCGGAGCUCCAAGUGACGACGAGAGCACGGAAUCCUUUAGCAACGAGCAGUUCUUGAACGAAGUAAUCACUCAAGAGGAGGAGGAGGUGGAGGAGGAAGUAAAGGAAACUACACAGCCCGACGCUGAGAAAGUGCCUUCUACAGCUACAGAGGAACGCCGGGAGACCAGAUCCUCUGCCAAAAUCAAAUCUCAAGCCCCGACAGACCUUCCUCCCCCUGCAGUCACCAAAGUACCAGUUUCCAAAAAGAGAGCCAAGAAGAAUUCCAGCAAGGCAGAGGCCACCCCCACCAAAAACAAGCGCUAUGCGGACUACAAGCAGUCCAUGUUGGCCAUUGACGCCAAGAUCGCGGCGCACAUGCGGCUGACGUGCGAUGUGUGCCAUGAGGGACAGGAGACCUUUCUGCUCCUCUGCAAGCACAUGCUGCAGGCGCACCAUCGCAAGGGCUAUGCCGUCUGCUGCAAUAAGAAGUUUUACAAGCGCUCCUUUCUCACGGACCAUAUCGAUCGCCAUGCCGAUCCCGAGAAGUUCAAAUGCAAUCAGUGCGACAAGCGGUUCGCGGACAAGCAGUGCCUGAGGAACCACGAGCUGCUGAAGCACCAACCGGAGGAGGAGAAGAUCUUCAUGUGCGAGCAGUGCCCAAAGAGAUAUACCAAACAGUAUUUGCUGGAUCAGCAUCGUGUCAUUCACAAGGAGCGCAACGUUGUCUGCGAUAUUUGCGAAAGGAGGUUUCCCAACGAAUCGAUGCUCUGUACGCAUGUGAAACUGGUCCACGGGAAUUAUGGCACCAUGUGCGACAUCUGCGCGCAGGUCAUCCGCGGUCGAGCCGCCUUCCAGCGGCAUCAACUGGAGCACGCCGGCGUGACGGAGCCCAAGGUGCAGUGCGACAUUUGCGGGUCCUGGCACAAGAACAAGCACAGCCUGAAGAAGCAUGUUCGGCGGCACAAUGGCACCGCUGCCACCUGCGACCUAUGCGGCAAGGUGUCGCCAAAUCGGAGCGCAAUGCUGAGCCAUCAGCGGUACGUCCACCUUACGGAUCGCAAGCACGAGUGCAGUGUGUGCGGCAAGGCCUUCAAGAAGGCCAUUUCCCUGCGAGAGCACAUGACCAUGCACACGGGCGAGGUGCUGUACAAGUGCCCGCACUGCCCGAAAACCUUCAACUCGAAUGCCAACCAGCAUACACACCGACGGAAGUGCCAUCCCAAGGAGUUCGAGGAGGCGCGCCAAGCGCGUUCCGAAAAGCGAAAGGCCGUCGAGGACGAGACCACCAGUAUCCCGACCAUUUCGACGACGGGCGACGAGGGUGGCGAAACGCAUAGCAUUCUGUUGACCCAAACCGACGAGGACCUCAAGUCGGAGAGCAUCGAGUUCACCCUGUGUCUUAGUCCAGAAGCAACAGAUUGAAAUUUUCUUUAAGCCCUUUAGAUUUUAAAGAAAAAGUUAAGAUUCUGUGGCAUCAAAUGCGUUCUUUCAACCAAACAUAUGCACAUUGUACAUAUUUCUUUAGAAUUCGAAUAUUAGACACGUUUUGUUUCCCAAAAAUUCAAAAAUUGAUUUGUCAAUAGAACUAUUUAUUGUAAAGAUCCUUAAGCUAGCAGUGUUCAACAAAAUAGACGGAUACAUAUGUUAAGUGGAA